AUGACCGUUAUUGGUGACAAAAAAGUCAAGCCAGGCAGCAUCAAAGUCGAGAUGACAGGUUCUCUCAGUGCCAGUACUAGUUUUCGAGAGAAUGUUGUGGAUGAAAUUACCGAUGAUGAGUCCUUUUCCGAAGGUUCCGGUGAGGACGAAAGUGCAAGGGCGCGAAGUCCAGAGCAACAGGGCUUGAUUGACUGGAUGACGGAACGUUUCCAAGUCAACAGUUCCUUUUCCAAGAGAUCAGACACACCUGGGACCCAUCACGUUUCGGAUGCCAUCGCUGCGUUUCGGUACACUCAGCGAUUCUACAUUGAGUUGAACGAGCUCUCGAAUGCAUACUUUACCGAGUAUAUCCGGCCUCACAAGCGUGGAGCCAUUGCAAAAAUGUCUUGUCACGGAGCCUUUGCCCAAAGCUUUAUUCAUCUCGUGAUUCCAUCGGAUGAAAACGGGCCUGUGAUUGCGUAUCGGUCGUGCUACUUUCGGGUGGCGGAUGACGAAGCCAAGACGUUGGAUGAAGAUGCGACGAUUGAUCUCAUCACACGCUUUGAUGAUAUUAUUUCAGAUCAAUUGCCAAGAGGUUUGAAUAUGGAAUGUGCUCUUGAUGCUAGAUAUCUCAUUUACUUUUUGCAACACUAUGGCAAUGAGCCUUUGCAAGGACUUCCGGAAGUGGGCGACAUUCCUACCUACCUAAAAGUCUUCUUACCAGUCAACAAGGAUUUCCAAACUGAAUCCAAAUGCAAGAAGAAAAAUUCCAAAAAGACCAAGAUUGGUAGAUGUAGUCCUAUUAUGGAUCCCGAGAAAGAUAUAAUCGACGAAGACUAUGUGUUGUUCUUUGAAGACAAACCCUGCGCUGCAUUUUUGGAGCAGAAUAAGGAGAUUUGGGAUAAUAAUCUCGCCCAAAUCUCGCCCAAGUACCAUGAGCACAAUGGUGACAUUACGAAAAGGACGAUGUCUCUUAUCAACCUGGACCCUAGUCCAAGUCCCGUUGGAAAGAAAUUCGAUGGACCGGAUCAUACAACCCUCCGAUUGGAACCACACCUUGAUGAUAUUGGUGAAGGGUGGAAGUUCUUUGCAUGCAUGCUUGUUUUGCUUUCCCAUUCCAUUUCUGUCAACCAUGGCGAAAUCUACCUUGCUCGAUGUGUCCGAGCUUGUUAUGGACUGGCCAAGUUUGACGAAAUCGUCCAAAAAGCUACUGCGGCACAGCCAUACACUCUGCGCAAGCUUGCAGCUUUGCGUGGAGCAUGUUUCAUGGCUCGGUCCGAACGCAUUUACAUUGAUCAUACCGACUUGAAAUUCAAAGACAUGACAUCCUCACCACCAACGGCCUCAAGCACAGAUGGGGAUGAUGAUAUCGACUGCGAGGAAGCACCAGCACACCACAGCAACCCCACAGACGAUCUUCAAAUGACAAUUGUUCCAAUCACCCACCGACUCGGCAGUCUUCAUGGCAAAGGCAAAGGUAAAGGCAAUAAUGGAACUUUGAAACUGGAAGCUCAAUAUGGUUAUGCCCUCGGCAAACUAUUCUUGAUUUGCCUCUCUCAUGAGACAUAUGGCGGGUAUUCCCGAUCCGAGAAUUCCUUUGGGACCUACAUUUCCCAAACCACAAACACACUUACUCCCACUAGCCCAACGCCGUCUUGUCGAUUCCGCAUCCUGGACCAAUUCGAAAUUCAAAGGAUCAAGAACGAUUGGAUGGAAUUGUUGACAGCCGAUAGGCGGCUGCCUGGAGUUGCGAUUCACGUAUCUGAGAAUGGGACCAAGAACAUUACCGUUUCUGAUUUUGAAGAGAAUGGGCAUAUCCAGUGGAUGCAAGACUACAACUGUAUUCAUGCCAUUGCUCUCCUUGUUUGUAUGGUGCUAGCGACCUAUGGCGCAUGGGUCUUGGACACUGGUGCCUUCCACUUGAUCCUGGCGCUGAUUUUCGUCGAUCUGAUCAACAACAACAAUAAUAAUAAUAAUACGGCCGAAGUUGUUGGUAUGCCCUUUGGAGCGAUGAAAGUCCUUGUGGCGGGUGGACAUAAUAAUGCAGGUCAUCAUGAUCAGGUUGGUCUGGAAAAGACGAAUUACGCCCGGAUGAUUUGCAUCGUCGCUCUUGGUGGAGUCAAGGCCGUCUCGGAUGUACCCAGUUGGUCGUUUGCCUUCAAACCAUACUUGAUCGCAUCGUCAGCACUGGUUGGAACCAUGAUUUUGUUGCCUUUGGUAGUCAGGUCACGAUUUACCACUGCCAAAAAUGGUGGAAUCGAUUUUGAAGAAGUCAUGGCAAGAGAUGGCAGCUUGGCUUGUGUGCUGACACCGCAGCAAAGAGGAAACGCUUGUUAUCGGGGUUGCGACCGAGAAGGAGCAUAUGGACUUGGAUUGCUUCAGGCACAGAAUCUUGACGAAGUGUUCGACCAUGAUGGAUCAAUAGCGACAACCAUUGUGACUCCUGGUCCGAAGCUUGGAUAUUGGGUUUCUUGUGGACUGAAGGCAUGA